AGAGAGAGAAGAGGAGUUAAAGGGAACUGGGAAGAUAUAGAGAGUGCGAUGGAUCCUUAGUAAGCUGCAGUUCCGGUUAGAAAGAGAGAGGGCGGGAGUCUGUGUGAAAAGGACCUUCGUGCAACUGUGUCUGUGUGUGUGUAUAUGUAGCUCGUGUGUCACUGUGAGAGGUGUGCUGUGCUGACAGUGCUGCGACGCUACACUCUCUCUCUCACCACACACACACACGCACUAUUUGCCUGAUGCUCUGUGGAGCCGGCAGUCUCCAGGAUGGACCGUGCGCUCUAAGUCUGAGGACGGCGAGCGCCGAUACGCACAUGCUCAACCCGCUACCUGCUGAUUCCGUUACACCAUAGGACAGUACGCACUCUGUCUCUCUCUCACACCCACACAUUUUUGCAAGCCAUGGAUUCACUCUCCACCGACAUGGACGGGCUGGAGAACAAUUCCAUGAAGUACAGCAGAAACGAGCAGACGGAGAAAAUGUGGCUCCGGCUCAAGGGAAUGCAGAAGUACAAAACGACCUCUCAGAGGUUGAGAUGUCUAGUGAAGCAGCUGGAUAAGGGUGAGGUGAAUGUUGUGGAUCUCAGGAAGAACAUUGAACAUGCCGCCUCAGUGCUGGAAGCGGUCUACAUCGAUGAAACGAGACGCCUGCUGGAUACAGAGGAUGAGCUCAGCGAUAUCCAGGCAGACUCUGUCCCGAUGGAGGUGCGUGAUUGGCUGGCAUCUACCUUCACCAGGAAGAUGGGCGUCGUGCGACGGCGGCCAGAGGAGAAGCCACGGUUUCGUAGCAUCGUCCAUGCUGUGCAGGCUGGAAUCUUUGUGGAGAGGAUGUACAGGAGGACUUCGAACAUGGCCGGGCUGACGUAUCCUCCAGCUGUGAUCCUUGCUCUUAAGGACGUUGAUAAAUGGUCAUUUGAUGUCUUCACGCUUCAUGAGGCGAGCAGCGAGCACGCGCUGAAGUUCCUGGUGUAUGAGCUGCUCACCAGAUACGACCUGAUCAACCGCUUCAGGAUACCUGUGUCUUCUCUGGUGGCAUUUGUGGAGGCUCUGGAGGUUGGCUAUAGCAAGCACAAAAAUCCGUACCACAACCUGAUCCAUGCUGCUGAUGUCACCCAGACCGCACAUUAUCUAAUGCUCCACACUGGCAUUAUGCACUGGCUCACCGAACUGGAAAUACUGGCCAUGGUGUUUGCUGCUGCUAUUCACGACUUCGAACACACUGGGACAACCAACAACUUCCACAUCCAGACCAGGUCAGAGGUGGCUAUCCUGUAUAAUGACCGCUCGGUUCUAGAGAACCAUCAUGUGAGCGCUGCCUACAGACUCAUGCAGGAGGAUGAAAUGAAUAUCCUCAUCAACUUGUCAAAAGACGACUGGAGAGAGCUACGCACGCUGGUGGUCGAGAUGGUCAUGAGUACAGAUAUGUCCUGCCAUUUUCAGCAGAUUAAAACCAUGAGGAACUCACUGCAGCAGCCUGAGGGGAUAGACAAACCCAAAGCUCUGUCUCUAAUGCUGCAUGCGGCGGACAUUAGCCACCCAGCUAAAGGCUGGAACCUGCACUACCGCUGGACUCAGGCUCUGAUGGAGGAGUUCUUCAGACAAGGUGAUAAAGAGGCAGAGUUGGGACUGCCAUUUUCUCCACUGUGUGAUCGUAAGGCCACGAUGAUCGCCCAGUCCCAGAUAGGCUUCAUUGACUUCAUUGUGGAGCCAACGUUCUCUGUGCUUGUGGACACCACAGAGAAGAUCAUCACUCCUCUCAUAGAGGAAGCUUUAAAGUCAGGCGGCGUCCGCAGGGCGAGUUUAACAGGACGAGGUUCGGCUGCCGUGGUCGAGUCGGUCCAGAGACACAGCGAUCGAGACUCGGUGCCCACUGACUACUCGCUUGGUGGCAUCGACCUCAAACGCGUCCGACACACACUCUCUGAGAUCAUCCAGAGCAACAAGGAGCGCUGGAAGGAGCUGUCUGUUCAAGAACUGGCCAGUAAGGAGCGAGAGCAGCGUUCUGAGCGUGAAGAUUUGUCCCGUAAAUCUGAUGUCACUCUGAUUCGCAGCAGUCGUGAUUCCGAGUCGAAGUCUCUCUGUGAAGUGAACAACACUGACUCCCUUCAUUCAUCCCAGGACUCUUUAGAGCAAAGCGCUGCGUCCCACAGCGCUGAUCCAACCGAUGCCAGUCCCAAUGCCAGCCCUGAUGCCGAUCGGCCGUUACCAUGGAACGGCAAAACUGCCUGAAUUGGAAAAAAAACCACCGCAAAUGUUGCGAACUCUUACACUGUGUGUGUGUACUGUGGCAUAAACCUCAAUCCCGUAUGGGUGCUGUACAUAUCACUGUGGCAAUCAUAUCGUAACGCUACUGUUUCCUCUGCUCCUCGGAAGGGGGAGGGGUCAAGCUGACUGAUGUUUCCAUGACACCAAGCAUCGCCAUGGGAGACGCCAGGAUGCUGCGUUGCCAUGGCAACUUUGUUUCUUUGCAAGGAGAGACGGAGCUUAUCUGAAAGGUCUGGGUAUCCAGAAAAAAAAAAAUGCAACGCUGCCACUUCACCUGCAUUUUCUGUUUUCGUUCUUUACUUUUGUAAAUUGGCUUCAGUUUUGUUUUGUUUUCUAGUCCUUUGUAUUGGUAAUUUAUUAAAGAUCGUUCUGCUCCCCUUUAAGCCAUAAUCCAUUUCUUUUGUAUACUCUUUCCAUUGAUGCUAUAGACACUAUGCAGGAAGAAA